AUGGCUUUGGCAGUCGGCAAGGUCAAGAAAAGGGCUUUGGUAAUCAAGAAAAUGGAUAACACGAUAAAAGAAGUCACUUUGGAGUUCAGAAAGGCCCAGAAGGUACUGAAUUUAAUGCUUUUAGUAUUCAAUGCAGCUUUAGAGGCAAGGAAAGUUAAGAAGGUCAAUGAGGUCAAAGUGGUAGACAACAUGGUUAGCUAG